ACGGCCCCUCCACAAGAUGGUGAGUUCCUUCGCUUGAGAACACCUCUUCGACCCACCACUUUCUCCACGACUUGUUUUCCUCCUCUUCCUACCCUCUACUCGUCAACAACUGCGUUCCACCCCUUCCCCAUCAACCAUUGGCGCCGAGACUCGCCCUUGCCAUUCCCUCCCCCCGAUCGCCAACAUGAACGGCGCUACCCCGCCAACCGGCGCCCUCGCUAACCUUGACAUCCAGGACGACAACCAGAACAACGAGGCCGCGUCGCCUAAUGCCACGAUGGUUGAUGCACCGGAGGAGCAUAUCGUCGAGGCAAAUGGCACCGAGGCGGAAGACGUCGCUAUCAUCAACCCCGACAACAUGGACACUGACACCCCCCUCCUGGCAACCGACCAUGAGGGCAUGAAAGAGCUUGUGCUUCCACCUCUGGUAGAGGAACCUCGAACCAUAGAAGACCAAGUCCACACGUGGUCCGUGGAAGGAUGGCGGGCGCUUUCGAAGAAGGAGCAUGGUCCCAUAUUCCACGCCGGUGGUUAUCCAUGGCGGAUCCUCCUCUUCCCGUUCGGUAACAAUGUCCCCGACCAGUGCUCCAUCUACCUUGAGCACGGCUUCGAUGCGAACAACGUGCCCGACGACUGGAGCUGCUGCGUGCAGUUUGCGCUCGUGAUGUGGAACAAGAACCACCCAAAUAUCUACUUCCAACAUUCCGCCCACCACCGUUUCACGAAGGAGGAGAGCGACUGGGGGUUCACGAGGUUCCUUGAGACCCGCAAAAUGUUCAACACCGUCUGGGAGAACGCAGAUCGACCGCUCAUCGAGAACGACUGUGCCAACAUCAGUGCAUACGUUCGAGUUGUCGAGGAUGAGACGGGCGUGCUGUGGCACAACUUCAACAACUACGACUCGAAAAAGGAAACCGGCUACGUCGGUCUCAAGAACCAGGGUGCCACUUGCUACCUAAACUCGCUCUUGCAGUCAUUAUAUUUCACCAACGCCUUCCGCAAGGCCAUUUAUCGUAUUCCUACGCAAGAAGAGGAAAGCAUGACUAACAGCGCUUACACAUUGCAAAGGCUCUUCUAUCAAUUGCAGACAUCCGCCUCGGCCGUGGGCACCGCCGAGCUUACCAAGUCCUUUGGCUGGGAAACACGCCACAUUUUCGAGCAGCAGGACGUGCAGGAGCUCUCCCGGAAGCUCAUGGAGCGCAUGGAAGAGAAGAUGAAGGGCACCGAGUUCGAGAAGGCGCUACCGCAAAUGUUCAGCGGCAAGAUCAAGACAUACAUCUCUUGCAUCAAUGUCCCGUACGAGUCGAGCCGGAUCGAGGAUUUCUGGGACGUUCAACUCAACGUGAGCGGGAAUGAGAACCUGCUGGAUAGCUUUCAGGACUACAUCCAGGUGGAAAAGCUCGACGGGGAGAACCAGUACUUCGCCGGCGACCAAUACAAGCUCCAGGAUGCCGACAAAGGCGUCAUCUUUCAGGGCUUCCCCGACGUCUUGCAUCUGCAGCUGAAGCGCUUCGAGUACGACAUCCAACGCGAUGCCAUGAUGAAGAUCAACGACCGCUACGAGUUCCCCGAGGAAUUUGAUGCCUCGCUGUACCUGGACAAGGAGGCGGACAAGUCGGAGUCUUGGGAGUACCAGCUACACGGCGUUCUGGUUCACAGCGGCGAUCUCAACGCCGGCCAUUACUACGCCUUCCUCAAGCCGGACAAGGAGGGCUGGUGGUACAAGUACGACGACGACAAAGUCACCAAAGCCACCAAGCGGGAAGUACUAGAGGAGAAUUUUGGCGGCCCGUUUAAGUUGCCUAGCGGCCAAGUACGGCCUCUCAGUAACAAGAAGGGCCCGGCGAUGAGGCCUAACAGCGCAUACAUGUUGGUAUACAUCCGCAAAUCCAGGCUCGACAAGGUACUCUGCCCUGUCGCAGCAGAGGAUACUCCAGAGCAUCUCCAUCGGCGAUUCGAGGAAGAAUUCGUCGCCCGGGAGGCGCGACGUAAGGAGAGGGAAGAACAGCAUCUCUACCUCGGCGUGAAGGCCAUCACGGAAGCGACGUUCCAACAACACGGCAAUACGGACCUUGCCAACUUCGACGCGACACCAGACGAGGACUCGGCCGCACCCAGGCUCUACCGUCUCCUCCGCACAGCGACCAUGCAAGACCUGGUCGACCAGAUUGCGGCGGAGAUUGAGCAAGACCCGAAACGUGUGAGGCUUUGGAUCAUGGUCAAUCGUCAAAAUAAGACGAUCCGCCCAGAUCAACCUGUGAUGGACCUUCGCCCGACCGUUGAGGAAACAUACAACAGAGCCGCGGCACAUAGGGACCAAGCGCUACGCGUAUGGGUUGAAGUGGCCGAGGAAGUCAACGCCGACGGCGCCGCUGUCUGGCCGACAUACGGCCCCGGACUUGCGAACGGGGUUGUCGUUAAGAAUGACCUCAUCCUGCUCUUCCUCAAAUGGUUCGAUGCCGAGGCUCAAGCGCUAAAAGGAGUCGGCCAUGUGUACAUCAGCAAGGAGAAGAAGGUGGAGGAGCUCAUUCCCACCAUCAUGAAGAAGAUGGGCUGGGAAAAGCUGCCGAGCGACGAGCGGAUCCAACUCUGGGAGGAAAUCAAACCUAACAUGAUUGAGGGCCUCAAAGGGAAGCAGUCCCUCAAGGCGGCGGAGCUCCAGGACGGCGAUAUCGUCUGCUUCCAACGGGUCCACGAUCGGAAAUCGAAACUGGGCCUCACCGAGAAGAGCGACAAGCAGCCGUCCGAGGAAGCGAAAUCGCUGGACCGGUGUGAGGACGCUCGUGAAUACUACGAUUUCCUCCUUAACAAGCGAACCGUCAUGUUCCGCGCGCAUCCUCAGAAAUGCGACCCCGACGCGUACCCGCCGUUUGAGAUGGUCCUAAACUCGAAAAUGAGCUACGACAAGCUGUCGGAACAAGUAGGCGAGAAAUUGGGGGUGGAAGCAACGCACCUUCGAUUCUACACGGUCAAUGCCAGCUCGAACAACCCGAGAGCGGCGGUUAAGCGAGGCCAAAAUCAGACGCUCCAAAACAUUCUUGUCCCCGCAGGCUACGGACAACUGAACAUGAACCAGCGGAACGACGCCCUGUUUUUCGAGGUGCUCGACAUGAGUCUUGCCGAGCUGGACACCAAGAAGAACAUCAAGCUCACGCUGCUCAGCGAGGGUAUCACAAAAGAGGAGCAGUUUGAUAUUCUUGUGCCCAAGAACGGUCAGGUGGACGAUCUCAUCGACUGUUUGACUAAGAAGGCAAAGAUCUCUAGCGAAGGAGAAGAAGGGAAGAUACGGAUUUACGAAAUCAGCAACCACAAGUUCUUCCGGGAGCUCGAGCGAAGCUAUCCUGUCAUCAGUAUUAACGACUACACGACGGUAAUCGCCGAGCGGAUACCUACGGAGGACGCCGAGGUUACGGACCAGUCCCAAUUCAUCUCGGUAUUCCAGUUCCAUAGCGAACCUAGCAGGGCGCAUGGCAUCCCGUUCCGGUUCCUCCUCAAGGAAGGCGAGGUAUUUUCGGAGACGAAGAAGCGACUCGAGAAGCGCACGGGUCUCAAGGGCAAGAGCUUCGAGAAGAUCAAGUUUGCUGUCGUCCGCAGGGCGCAGUUCUCACGACCGCAGUACUUGAACGACGAUGACAUCCUCUGGGACGUGGCGUCAGGCGCGGAUGACUCCCUUGGCUUAGACCAUCCCGACCGGACAAGGUCGGUAAGGAACGGCGCUGGGGACCUGUUUCUCAAGGGCUAGAUGUUCUCAGGAGGGAGGGUAUGCAUUAUUUUUUCUUUGGGCUGGUUGCGGCUUCCCGCGAGUGUAUCCUUUGUCAUGGCGCUCGGCAGCGGGUUGGUCGCUGAGCCAAAAGUGGUAGCCUUGGGGACCCAGGUAUAUCGUUUGUGUUGGUAGUUGUUAUCUUUGAUUUCUGUUUCCCAUUGCUUGCGUCAGAGGCUUGCGGCGGAGAUACCUCGACCUCUUUGAUAUGCCGAGUUUAACGUGGAUGGCAUGGCAUGGCAUGGCUUCGGGAGGAGGUGAAGGGCUGAACAAGACGGGGAAGGGGCGGGCUCUCGGCUAGCAAUAGCCAGGAGAAAAGGGAUGUAUAAUUUGGCAUCGGGAUCGUCAUGCUGCUUGUGCGUUUUGCGGCCUUGUCCGACGUAUACCCGUGUUGUCUAGAUGCAUGGUUGGUUGGUGUUGACGACGGAACGUUUAUGACUUUCGUAAUUUACACAGUAUCCUUUCCC